CGUCACAGAGAAAAAUGUCUUCCUCUUAUCAAGCUGUCCGCUGCUAUUAAGGUUUACGUGAGGAAUAAACAAACCCGAAUGGUGGUCGGCGCUUGUGUCAUUUUGAACGAUGAAGUUGAGACGUGUUGCGAUUCUUCACAGCGUCCAACUCGUCACCACAUUUAAAAAGAUAGCAAUCACCACAGCUGCGGUGACAGCUGACUAGCAGCAGCCAUGGCUUCCGUGUGACAAGGAGAAGGUUUGCCGCCCACAUUUCAUCCCUCGUUAGUGACCUCGGCCGUGGACGUUAAUGGAUGCUCUGUCACUUCUGAGACUUUAACGCACCGCUGGGCCAUUCAGGAAACAGGUGCAGUUAUCCUCAUCAUCCCUCAAACUGGAAUUAAUUGGAUCAAUUUUUUUGUUGUUUUUUUAGUACUUUCAACCUCAAGUUUCAACUGGAUAAACAAAUCCAAGAUUUCUGAUCUUCAACUUGAAAAGAGCACUGAUCAUUUUUGCUUGAACGAAUAUUUAUAUAAAUAGCCUGCAAUAUUUCUGUGAUCAAAGUUUUUAUAAAUGUAUUAACUUUUUUUUUUUAAACGAUUGUGACUUGCUGUACUUUAAAAAAGUUCAAGUGGAAAAACUAUUGAAACUAGAAACUAUUGACUAACCGCAGCACAAUUUCACCAAUGAAGAAACUUAAGAUGGAAGAUUUUUUCUAUUUAUUAUCAUUUUAGUCCUCCUUGGAUUAAAACCUUUUUUGAAUUUCUUGUCCCUCAAAUCAAACUGGCAUGGAUACCCCUGGAUUUUAUUGUGUAUUUUGCUUUUUCAAGUCCAACACCAUCAACUGUUGGUUUUUGUCCAUCACAGACCUGGUGCAGCUCACAGGUCAGGUGGUCUAAAUCAAGCGAUGCCCACACGUAAGAAAACAAAGUUCCCCCAGUGGUGCAUUUACAGACUGUUGUGCCGAAUAUGAACGUUGAACGAAAAGCAAGUUCUCUUUUUUUAUUUGUCCUCACACAGCAACCGUAGUUGAAUCAAUCUCCAUCCUGUCAAAUACAAAAAAGUACAUUUUGAAAGAACUUCAAGAUAGACUUCAAAGCAAAAGCACUCUCGAAGGAAGGAAAAAUGGACUAGUCAGAAUAAUUCAUGUUUUUUUUAAAUUCUCGUGCUUUGCGCUAACUCCCUUAUUUGAAUUAUGUUUGCUUUCCAUAAGAAACGAUACAGGUUUUUUAUAUAAUUUGAUCUUAAAUGUCUUUCAAAAUUGAUCAAGUCAGCUUUUUCGCUGUAUUUACAGAAAAUUCCAAUUUUCUCUAUUUGGCUUCAGUGGGGGAGGACUACGGUACAUUUACUGAAGUUUAAAUCCCUCUCUGGAGAUGAUCUGAAAUGUGUUUUUUUUUAAAGUACAUCUCCUUUUUAACAGAAGCAAAUACUUUCAACCUGGAACAACUUUUUUUUUACAAUGGCUCAGGAUCUACAUGAGGAUUUUUGCAAAGGAUUUCAGCUGACCCCUCAUAGACCGUUCCGUCAAUCCAUCAUCCUGACACCAGAAUCCCACAUAGAAUGCCACUAGCGACAUUUGUCUCCAGAAUGGCGAUUCCCUCGGCAUCGCAGCUAAGCUGAGGUCCGAGCGCAUCACUGCGCGCACAGGAAGUGAUGCCAGGUGGCAGUAAUCGGAAUGAAGGGCGGGGUCCAUCCUCCUCUCCCCUGCCCCAUGCUGUGGUCCUAUCCUCCAGACCCUUGCGACCCUCACGGUACAUCCCCGUAUCAGCAGCUACCUUCUUCCUGGUUGGCUCAACCACCCUGUUUUUCUGUUUCACUUGCCCGUGGCUCUCAGAGCGUUUCUCAGCAGCAGUACCCAUUUAUAAUGGCGUCAUCUUCCUCUUUGUCUUGGCUAACUUCUGUAUGGCCACAUUCAUGGACCCAGGCAUCUUUCCAAGAGCUGAGGAGGAUGAGGACAAAGAGGACGACUUCCGCGCCCCUCUUUAUAAAACCGUGCAGAUCAGGGGGAUCCAGGUCAGGAUGAAAUGGUGUUCAACGUGUCGCUUCUACAGGCCGCCACGCUGUUCCCACUGCUCUGUCUGUGACAAUUGUGUGGAGGACUUUGACCAUCACUGUCCAUGGGUCAACAACUGCAUCGGCAGGAGGAACUACAGAUACUUCUUCCUCUUCCUCCUUUCCCUGACGGCCCACAUCAUGGCCGUGUUUGGCUUUGGGCUACUCUUCCUCUUCUAUCAUCACCAGUACAUCAGCCGCCUGCAUGCGAUCGUCACGCUGGCUGUAAUGUGUGUUGCUGGCCUGUUCUUCAUUCCAGUUGCUGGUCUCACUGGUUUUCACAUUGUGCUUGUGGCAAGGGGCAGAACCACUAAUGAGCAGGUCACUGGCAAGUUCAGAGGAGGAGUUAAUCCUUUUACAAACGGCUGUUGGAAGAACGUCACUCAUGUUCUCUGCAGUUCGCAAGCACCCAGAUAUUUGACCAGAAAGAAGUGUGUGCCGAGGGUGUGUGUCCAGCCUCCAUUUCUGCAGCCACAGCUCUCUGACACUCAGCUCACAGCUAAGAUCCUGGACAAUGGCCUUAGAGGAAAUCUUCAUCGGUCAAAGUCCAGUCUGGAUAUGCAAGAAAGCCAGUCAUGUGACGCUGAGCCUCCACCUCCCAAACCAGAGCUUCACUACCUUGGCAUCACCAGGCGGAACACGCACGAUUACAAUCUAGUAAACAAAGUACCUCCCACGCCCACGAUGUAUAAAUACAGACCCUCCUACAGCCCUGGAAAGAACCACACCCCCCUCACCCACGCGUAUGCAAACCAGUUGAGUCAGAGAGAGCGAGCCAACAGCAGUCGGGAUUCUUCCUCCUCCACUUCCUCCUUGGUUCAGGCCAGCCAGCAGCCUGGGUUCCGCUCCCAGCCGAGUCUGGACAGCAGGGACAGCUCGUCUGUCAGAGGAGGCGCUGACAGCGAGAGAAAAGAUGGCGUCGAGGGAGGCGCUCCCGCCUACUCUCUGGCCGGCCGCUCCUACCCUUCAUUUCCCGACCCUGCCGUCCUAUCAGGAGUGGUCUCUCAGUCCUCCUGCUCCAUGCACACCUCAGCAGGCGCUGCCCACAUCUCUGAAUCCAACACUACCUCCAGCAGCUUCAAGAGCUUAGCCAAUCACACGCCUCCCCCUCAUCACCCCGCACCUAACGGCAGCCUGUCAUGUGACAGCUUAAUGGCGGCGGGGGAGGUUUGUCCGGCGGGAGGCGGCGGCUACGUGUCGUCCUUCGUGUCUUCACACCGCAGAGAUGUGGACGUGCAUUCGCAGUCUCCUCAGCACCAUCACGCCCUCCUCCAUCGCUCCACCUCCUCCACCUGCUACUCCCCUGAGAGGGAGCGUCAUAUGGUGGACCCUCACAGAAAUGUUCACCCACUUCCUGUCUGUCAAGCGUCUGUGCCUCCUCCUGUGCCACAUCCUCCUCACCACCACCAUCACCACCAUCACCAUCAUCACCAUUCCUCAUCUCGCUACAUGGCGCCUCACCUGCCCCACCACGCCUUCCCACACCGCACUCGCUCCACAGACACCCCCCCAUCAUCAUCUUCCACAAAUUACCCCUCCCUCUCAUCACACCCGCCGCCUCUCGGCAAGUCCUUGUCUUACUCGAGCGCCGCCGCCGCCGAAAUGCAGUACCGGCUUAUCCGAAAGGCUUCAUCGGCAGCUGGGGCGAAUGCGGCCGGACCAGCGGGAGGAAGCGGAGGGACAAUGGCGGGGGCAUCAGCACCAAAAUUCCCUGUGAGUUCCUUCUUCUAUUCCCUUUGCUUGUUUUCUUCCUGAAAAGUCUGAAAAUUGUGAUCGUCCCUAGCCACAUUGCGCUUCAAAUAUUGCGGCUUUUCCACAUGGCUGAUCUCUAAAAUCAUUUUUAAAGCAUAUUCUACAACAUUUUCUGCCAUAAAUUACCGUAUUUUGGGUACAGGUAUUUAAGCCGCAACGACCAAAUUUUAGAAGAGAAAUUUUUUUUUACAUAAAGACGCAGAUAUAUACGCUGUAAAAUGAGAUAUAUGGAAAAACCUUUUGAUUGCUUGUCACACGGCAGUAAAACGGUUGAUCAAACAAAGCAGAAGUCAUCGUCAUAGACCUUAUGUGUCAAAGUCAAUGAAUGAUCUAUGGCCCCCAGAUGAUAUUUGAUUAGUAUUAGAAGCGUCCCUCAGGCCACAGCCAUCUGCUGCUGUUUUGCACGCACCAAUACUCCAUCAGUGUUGGUGCUAGGAAUUUUUAAAAUGGGGUCCCGGGGACCCCAUCAAGUCAUUAAAAUGGGGUCCCACAGUAAAGUUUUGGGGUCCCUCUUUUUUGUAACCGUUUUAAAAGCAAAUAAUGUAUGCAUUAUCCUGUUGGAAAAAGGUUGUCAUAAACGGUACUUGAGUCAUUAAAAAAAAUAAUACAAAAGAAAAUACAUUUUCAUGCAUAUGUAAAUGUAUUCAGUUAUAAACAUUCAUUCACUUUCUUCUUUCCUUCAUGGAUCUAAACUUUACCGCUGCCGGUAUUUUUUUCUAUAUUUUUAUUGUAAUAUUUUCAGAAUGUGUUUGUUCUAUUUUUGGCCAAAGUAAGACAAAGAAAACAAAACUGAAGUUGUCUUUAUUUUGUAGUUUUAAUGCCAUGAUUUUUAUAGUCCGGCUGGGAAUAGAUUUUCCUCCAUGUGGCCCCUGAGCUAAAAUGAGUUUGACAUCCCUGUUGUAGACCCACUAGCUGCGAAAGUUAGCUCUUCAAUCAACUAAUCCAGGGGUGUUGAACUCAUUUUAGCUCAGGGGCUGCAUUGGAGAAAAAUCUAUUCCCACGUGGACCGGACGGGUAAAAUCAUGACAUAAUAACUUAAAAAUACAACUACGACAACUUCAGAUGGUUUUCUUUGUUUUACUUCAGGCCAAAACUGGACAACACUUUUUGAAAAUGUACAUAAUAAUAAUAAUAAUAGUCCUCUGGACAAAACACUUCAAGUUAGUUAAAAAUUUGGAGGAAAAAAUUGUUUUCAAAACCACCAUAAAGAACAAAAUGACCUAGGGCUGGGCGAUAUGGCCUUUUAUUAAUAUCUCGAUAUUUUUAGGCCAUGUCACGAUACACGAUAUAUAUUUUGCCUUAGCCUUGAAUGAACACUUGAUGCAUAUCAAUCAAUCAAUCAAUGUUUAUUUAUAUAGCCCUAAAUCACAAGUGUCUCAAAGGGCUGCACAAGCCACAACGACAUCCUCGGUAUAGCCCACAUAAGGCCAAGGAAAAACUCACCCCAGUGGGACGUCGAUGUGAAUGACUAUGAGAAACCUUGGAGAGGACCGCAUAUGUGGGUAACCCCCCCCCCUCUAGGGAGACCGAAUGCAAUGGAUGUCGAGUGGGUCUAACAUAAUAUUGUGAGAGUCCAGUCCAUAGUGGAUCCAGCAUAACAGUAAGAGUCCAGUCCACAGUGGGGUCAGCAGGAAACCAUCCCGAGCGGAGACGGGUCAGCAGCGCAGAGAUGUUCCCAACCGAUAUACAGGCGAGCGGUCCACCCCGGGUCCCGAACCCGGACAGCCAGCACCCCAUCCAUGGCCACCGGAUCUGUGUGUCUUCCCCUCCACAAGGGAUAGGGGGGAGCAGAGGAGAAAAGAAAAGAAACGGCAGAUCAACUGGUCUAAAAAAGGGGGGCUAUUCAAAGGCUAGAGUAUACAAAUGAGUUUUGAGAUGGGACUUAAAUGUUUCUACUGAGGUAGCAUCUCUAACUGUUACUGGGAGGGCAUUCCAUAGUGCUGGAGCCCGAAUAGAAAACGCUCUACAGCCCGCAGACUUUUUUUGGGCUCUGGGAAUCACUAAUAAUAUAAUAUAAACUAAUAAUACAGCAGUAUGAUGAUUCUAUGUGUCUACAUUAAAACAUUCUUCUUUAUACUAACCUUUCAUGCAGAGGGAAAUCACAACUAAGUCAAUUGACCAAAAGUGUAUUUAUUAAACAGUUAUUAAGCAGUGGCACAAACAUUCAUGUCAUUUCAAAACAGAAAGUGCAAGAUUGUCAGAGACAUUUUAAAACAAGCUAUUAGUGCACUUUUGUGCAUGAUGUCACUAAGAUGACAUAUCAAAACAACACUAAAUUAAAGUGCACUUUUUGUACAGAACGCCACUACAAUAGUUUAAAACUAAUAAAGUGCACUUUUGUGCAUGAUGUCACAAAAUAUUUCAAUAACUGUCAAAUAAAAAUGAGCUGCACAAUAGGAAAUCAAAUAGUGUAUUUCCUUCCUUUUGUGGUAGGUUCCUGCUGUUAUCUCCUUCUGUUGUUGACUGUUUUUUUCAUACGAUGUUGAUCUGGAAAUUGUUGCUUCGGCAUUUUGUUGGUGUGGCACCGGCCGGAGAUGUUGACAUGCGGAGUUUCAAGCACUCUUCAGUCUCUAGCAGGUGACUUUUCAAAUGAUGCUACAAAUUAGCAGUAAUGCUACUUUUUGUAGCAACGCUUUUGCCGCAUACUUGACAUAUUACGGUUGUCUGUUCAACAUCUUCCCGCUUGAAGCCAAACCACCGCCAGACGAUGGACCCCCUGCUGUUUUUCUUGGGAAUGAAUUCUUCUUCCUUCAUUUGUUACCACUCGCACCCCACCGCUAGCACCACAGCUAAUGUUAGCUCUGCUUCGCGAGAGUGUAUGACGUUGCACAUACGACAGUAUGUGACGUAUGUAAGAAGGUGCGCUUGUUUUAUGUCUCUGUGAGAAGGAGAGACAAGAAAGAGUGAGAAGAGCCUGUAGUGUAAUGGCCGCAGCUAAAAGCAACUGCGUGAGAACGUAUACUCCAAUAUCACGAUAUAGUCAUUUUCUAUAUCGCACAGAGACAAACCCCGCAAUAUAUCGAGUAUAUUCCAUAGAUCGCCCAGCCCUACAAUGACCUUAGAUUUCAUUCAUCUCAGUGUGUCUACAAAGCCAUUCAACUUUAAGUCACAGCUCAACUAGGAUUGAACAAAAUCAAGUAGGUGAGUAUUGUGCUGAUAUUGUUCGACUGCACCAUUGAUUGAUUGAAACUUUUAUUAGUAGAUUGCACAGUACAGUACAUAUUCCGUACAAUUGACCACUAAAUGGUAACACACGAAUAAGUUUUUCAACUUAAACGUAAAUCAAUUCAUGGUAAAUACAUUGAAAAUACGUGUGAUCGGUAUUGGUAUCGGCCCAUUUCAACCAUAGGUGAUUGGAACGGCAGCAUAAAUCCCUGAUGGGAACAUGUCUAGUGUGCAUGUCAGCAUCUUCAACACCAGAUAAGAUUGUAAAUAGUCUUUUGU